AUGCACAUCAAUUUGCAGAACAAGAACCACAGCAUGGCGAACUACCAGCCCGCAAUCUUCUCCGCUUCCCUCGGCCGAGCCUGGCUCCACAACCUCGACGACAAGCUCAAGCAAGCCGCCGACAAGGGGUUCAAAGGCAUCGAGCUAUUCUACGAGGACCUCGAGUACGCCGCCAAGGGAAUAUCCAAGAAUAACUCACCCUCGUCAGAGGACCUGAAGGCCGGCGCUGCACAUAUUCACCAACUAUGCCAAGACCUCGGCCUCACCAUCCUCAGCCUCCAACCCUUCGGUAACUACGACGGGCUGCUCGACCGGGCGCAGCACGACCGCAUGAUCGAAAAGCUCAAAUUCUGGUUCGAGCUCGCCAAGGUGCUGCGCACAGACGCCAUCGGGAUCCCGGCCAACAUGCUGCCCGCGGACCAAGUCACGGAAGACAAGUCGCUCAUCGCGUCGGACCUGCGCGAGAUAGCCGACCUCGGCGCGCGGCAGGACCCGCCCAUACGUUUCGCGUACGAGAACCUGUGCUGGUCGACGCGCAUCGACACGUGGGAGCAGGCGUGGGACAUGGUGCGGCGUGUCGACCGGCCGAACUUCGGCCUCUGCCUCGACACCUUCAACAUCGCCGGCCGCGUGUGGGGCGACCCCACGGCCGCGGACGGCAAGACGGCGAACGCGGACGGCAAGACGGCGAACGCGGACGCGGACCUCGCGGCCUCGCUCGAGCGCCUGGUGCGCGAGGUCGACGUCGCCAAGGUAUUCUACGUGCAGAUCGUGGACGCGGAGCGCAUGGAGACGCCGCUGGUCGAGGGCCACGCCUUCUACGAUGCGAGCCAGCCGGCGCGCAUGAGCUGGUCGCGGAACGCGCGGACGUUCAUGUAUGAGGAGGAACGGGGCGCUUAUCUGCCCGUUGAGAAGGUGGCCAAGGCGAUAUUUGGGGGGUUGGGGUAUAAGGGGUUUGUUUCUCAGGAGUUGUUCUCGCGGACGCUGGUGGAGGAGGGGGAGCGGGUGCCGGGGGAGCAUGCUAGACGCGGCAUCGAGUCUUGGAAGAAAUGCCAGACACGGCUGGGUCUGACAUGA